GCGUUUUAUUCUCGUAUCAUCAUUGUUCAGUGUUGAUGUGCGACAAAUAUUUUCACUGGCAUAUUUGCAUGUCAACGAUUUUACGCGGUCGAAUAUGUGUUUGUCGCCUUGUACAGGGCGUUGGCUUUCUGUGUUUCUGUAAAACUUUUGUGUACCUUUACUUUACUAACGUCUCACAACAGCUGGUACACAAUUUCGUUUAUUGAAAGGUAGUUGCUGGAACGAAAAGAAAAUGAGCUACCAAAUGCAGACUGGGGCACCACCAGCUUCGAGAACCAUGAGCCACAACAACUAUACGAACCAAGGUGAUCUCCCAGUCAAUGCCAAAGAACAGACUAUAAUGUGGCAGCAAGGCAACUACAUGGCCGAUUCUGGAAUUCACUCUGGCAUCACAACACAGGCACCGUCAGUAUCGGGAAAAGAUGAUGAGCUUACGGACGAGCAAAUGGUGUUUGACUGGGAACAGCCAGGAUUUGGACAGGGCUUCACGCCUGACCAAGUCGAUGAAAUGAACCAACAGCUAAGCCAGACAAGGUCACAACGGGUGCGAGCAGCCAUGUUUCCAGAGACCCUGGAUGAAGGCAUUGAGAUCCCAUCCACCCAGUAUGAUCCUGCUCAACCUACAGCUGUGCAGAGACUCUCCGAGCCUUCCCAAAUGCUCAAGCACGCCGUUGUAAACCUCAUCAACUAUCAAGACGAUGCUGAUUUGGCCACCCGUGCCAUACCAGAGCUAAUAAAAUUGUUAAACGAUGAAGACCAAGUUGUAGUUAGUCAAGCAGCAAUGAUGGUCCAUCAGUUGUCGAAGAAAGAGGCCUCUCGCCACGCUAUCAUGAACUCUCCGCAGAUGGUAGCGGCUUUGGUAAGGGCCAUGUCGACGUCAAAUGACUUGGAGACCACUCGGUGUGCUGCUGGGACCUUGCACAACUUGUCCCAUCACCGGCAAGGUUUAUUAGCCAUCUUCAAAUCUGGUGGCAUCCCAGCACUGGUCAAGCUGCUCAGCUCGCCGGUGGAGUCUGUGCUAUUCUACGCGAUCACCACCUUGCACAACCUGCUGCUGCACCAAGAAGGCUCCAAAAUGGCCGUGCGGCUUGCUGGAGGACUUCAAAAAAUGGUGUCACUUCUUCAAAGAAACAAUGUCAAAUUUCUGGCCAUAGUAACCGACUGUCUUCAAAUCCUUGCCUAUGGAAAUCAAGAGAGCAAGUUGAUCAUUCUGGCCAGUGGUGGCCCUGCAGAGCUGGUACGCAUCAUGCGUUCCUACACCUAUGAAAAGCUGCUUUGGACCACAUCAAGGGUGCUCAAGGUGUUGUCCGUGUGUUCUAGCAACAAGCCGGCCAUUGUUGAAGCAGGUGGUGUUCAAGCAACUGCAAUGCACCUGGGCCACCAGAGCCAACGCCUUGUACUGAAGUGUCUUUGGACUCUACGUAACUUGUCUGAUGCAGCUAUUAAACAGGAGAAUGUUGACGGUCUACUUUCUAGCCUCGUCCAGCUCUUGGGAAGCAAUGAUAUCAAUGUAGUGACCUGUGCUGCUGGCAUCCUGUCAAACCUUACUUGCAACAACCAUCGGAAUAAGGUGACCGUCUGCCACGUCGGCGGCAUCGAAGCUCUUGUGAGAACGGUCAUCCAAGCUGGUGACAGGGAAGAGAUAACUGAACCUGCUGUCUGUGCCUUGAGGCACCUGACAUGUCGCCACCCCGAAGCUGAGAUGGCCCAGAAUGCCGUGCGAAAUAACUAUGGACUGCAAGUGAUUGUGAAGCUGCUUCACCCACCAAGCCGCUGGCCUCUCAUUAAGGCUGUCAUUGGUCUAAUUCGCAAUUUGGCUCUCUGCCCUGCUAAUCAUGCACCGCUUCGUGAACAUGGUGCGAUACCACGCCUUGUACAGCUGCUACACAAAUCGUACCAAGACACUCAACGACAACGCUCAAGUGUUGCCUCCAAUGGAAGCCAGGGCGCCUAUUCUGAUGGGGUCCGGAUGGAAGAGAUAGUAGAAAGCACCGUUGGGGCACUACACAUCCUGGCACGGGAAGCACAUAAUCGGGCUAUCAUUCGGGGGCUAAACGUCAUUCCAGUGUUUGUCCAGCUCUUGUACAGCGAAAUCGAGAACAUUCAGAGAGUGGCAGCUGGUGUACUGUGUGAGCUCGCAGCUGAUAAAGAAGGGGCCGAGAUGAUUGAGGCAGAUGGUGCCACAGCACCCCUCACGGACCUCUUGCAUUCCAGGAAUGAAGGUGUAGCCACCUAUGCAGCAGCUGUGCUGUUCCGCAUGUCGGAAGACAAACCUCAGGACUACAAGAAAAGGCUGUCAAUGGAACUCACCAAUUCAUUGUUCCGUGAAGAUGCUGGGCCUUGGGUUGGCACGGCAGCUGACAUGGACAUGAACUUGGAUGCUUACCACGAUCAAAUGUACCAAGCAGGUCAAGGGCCCCCCAGCAGUCGUCACAACCCCUACUCUCAGCAGGGUUAUGACACUCAAGUCCCGAUAGAUUCCAUGCAAGGGCUGGACUUGGGAUCUUCUCAGAGUGCCCAUAACUAUGCCCCCAUGGACACGGCCAUGGAUCUAGAUGGUACUGGAGACUUGAACUUUGACCCUCUUGACCCUUCCCUUCCCUCACCUGCCCAGCAAGAUAACAAUGGACAGUUGGCUGCUUGGUACGACACAGAUCUCUGAGAAGCUGUCCGUAAGUGUCUUCAUGCUGGGAGCUGAUCGAGAACACCUGAACCACAUUUGGUGCAAGUUUACAUUUUGUUUCCUUGGCGGAGCUUUCCUGUAGCAUGCGGGAGCAAUUUUGCGGAGAACCCUUGCCCCUAAUGUUAGGUUCGGUGUUCGGUCAGCAACUAUUGCCAGGUCCUGUGCUUUACAAUCCUGUUUAAGGGUGUGUUAAAGAAACCAGUAGCUAGCUUUCUUUCUUUUUUUCACAUAUCUUUCUUCGUUUACCAUAGUGACAGCGUUAGCGUAUUCAGAGCAAUCAAAUAUUUAAAAAUUUGUGCAAUCAUGUUCAUAUUCCAUCUUAACUUAACUUCAAUGCCUCCUCAGCUUUUCCUCUGAUCUUCAUCAUUUCCAGCAUUAGUGAGAUAGUAUUCAUUCCUUAACUUUCCAGUUAAGGAUAUGACAUACAUGCAUGAGCUUUCUGGCAGCUUUGUUUUGUAAUAAGACAGAAUGAUGUAAAUGUGGCGUUUUGUGGUGUCCAGUCUUGAUGCUGAAGCAGACCAUCUGAUCAGGAUUUAGUCUUCUUGCCCCCAAUCUUUAUGUCCUUAACACAGUGUAGCCAUUUUAAUUUGUCCACUAUAGUUCUGUCAUGCACUGUCAUAGUAACCAGUAUUGAAAUUGUCAAAGUCAUGGUGUUUUCACUUCUGUGCAGUGUAGAGCAAUGGGUGGUUUUUAGCUUGUGUGAUACUUGUAUUUAUGUAUUUGUGCAUUGUAAUUGAAUAAACUUGAAGCAAAUUA